GGAGGCGGGUCCCCUACUUUGCUUCUUGGCUCUUUCUAAACCAUACUCCCCCAGUCUCACUUCCUUAGUUUUCUCUCUCUCUCUGUGUCUCAGGCUAUCAAUGUGUCCCACCCUCCCCUGACAGCGGCUUCUCUCCCGGAGAUCAUGCCCUUUCUUUUUGCUUUUCCUGCUCUAGUGGGAUUUUCUCCUUCACUCUACAUCUCCACCAAACUUCCCAACCUGACAGGCAGCAUCUGGUACCUUCUGCCGAUCAUUUUAUUCUUUCUCACACUAAAAAUGACCCACAUCUAUACCCAGUUCCUGGCCUGUUGGCCCAAAUGUAUUCGUAGCGCUCACCCAUGUUCUAGUGCAGAGUCUCUGAAUAUUUGACUCCAAAGAUCAAAUCACCAAAGGCUGAUCACUUCCAGCCCUCUCUCUUUCCCCCAAGGCACAAAGUCUCUUCCCAGCACCUCCCUUUAGUCCCCUCCCCUUCCAUGGUGUCCUUCUGUGGGGGGAGGAACGUGCCUAAUUGCACAUCUUGGUGGCUUUUUUCUGGUUUGUAGUCAUGAUCUAUCCUGUAUCGCUGCGUCGUCACAGAUCAUUUAAACACUCAGGCUGAAUGUGCUCGUUCACCUCACAGCCUCGUUCCCUGUCAGUCAGGAAGCCCCAGGUCCGCAGAACUAACGCAGAGUCUCGUUCAGCCUGAUAUGGCACCAAGUCCAAAAGGCCCAGAAGCAAACCUGGAGGUGAGACCUGAAGACAGCUGGGACCAUGCUGACCUUGUGCGCUGUGAAGCAGACUCCGUCACCGGAAAGCCCACCGUCAAUGCAGAGGAGGAAAAUGGGGAUCCCCAAAUCUGCCGUGUGUGUGGGGACAAGGCCACUGGUUAUCACUUCAAUGUCAUGACAUGCGAAGGAUGCAAGGGCUUUUUCAGGAGGGCCAUGAAACGCAACGCCCGGCUGAGGUGCCCCUUCCGGAAGGGCGCCUGCGAAAUCACCCGCAAGACCCGGAGGCAGUGCCAGGCCUGCCGCCUGCGCAAGUGCCUGGAGAGUGGCAUGAAGAAGGAGAUGAUCAUGUCUGACGCGGCCGUGGAGCAGAGGCGGGCCUUGAUCAAGAGGAAGAAGAGAGAACGGAUUGGGACUCAGCCACUGGGAAUGCGGGGCCUGACUGAAGAGCAGCGGAUGAUGAUCAGGGAGCUGAUGGAUGCUCAGAUGAAAACCUUUGACACCACCUUCUCCCAUUUCAAGAACUUCCGGCUGCCCCAGGUGCUUAGCGGUGGCCACGAGAUUCCAGAGUCUCUGCAGGCCCCAUCAGCAGAAGCAGCUGCCAAGUUGAGCCAGAUCAGACAAGACAUGUGCUCGCUGAAGGUCUCUCUGCAGCUGCGGGGGGAGGACGGCAGCGUAUGGAACUACAAACCCCCAGCUGACAGCAACAGCAAAGAGAUCUUUUCCCUGCUGCCCCACAUGGCUGACAUGUCAACCUACAUGUUCAAAGGCAUCAUCAACUUUGCCAAAGUCAUCUCCUACUUCAGGGACUUGCCCAUUGAGGACCAGAUCUCCCUACUGAAGGGCGCCACCUUCGAGCUGUGCCAACUGAGGUUCAACACAGUGUUCAACGCGGAGACGGGGACCUGGGAGUGUGGUCGGCUGUCCUACUGCUUGGAAGACCCUGCAGGUAGCUUCCAGCAACUUCUCCUGGAGCCCAUGCUGAAAUUCCACUACAUGCUGAAGAAGCUGCAGCUGCAUGAGGAGGAGUAUGUGCUGAUGCAGGCCAUCUCCCUUUUCUCCCCAGACCGCCCAGGUGUGGUGCAGCACAGCGUGGUAGACCAGCUGCAGGAGCGAUUCGCCAUUACGCUGAAGGCCUACAUCGAGUGCUGUCGGCCCCAGCCCACCCACCGGUUCCUGUUCCUGAAGAUCAUGGCUAUGCUCACCGAGCUCCGCAGCAUCAACGCCCAGCACACCCAGCGGCUGCUGCGCAUCCAGGACAUACACCCCUUUGCCACCCCCCUCAUGCAGGAGUUGUUCAGCAUCACAGAUAGCUGAGCACUGCCCUUGGGUAGAGCCUCUGUGGGCAGCCAGACCUAGAGGCCUCUGAGCCGCCACUCCUGGGCCUAGACAGAUGGACGCUGCCAAUAGCCGGCAAUACCCUGCUGAGCCUGCCUCCCUGGGGAACUCA